UCACCCGGCUGCCAAACAAGCUGGCCUCUGCCACAAUGGCUCUGCCAGGCACAUAGGAGCCUGCAAGGGGUGGACAAACUGGAGUCUGGAGGGGGCAGAGCCCCUGGGAUGCCCAGUAGAGCAUCCAUACCAGCUCUCACCCCCCUGUUCUAAGGGGGAGGGGCAGUUCCCCGAAAGGUCCCUUCUCUCCCUGCCAGAGAGGAAGAGGGGCACAGCCGGGCCAGAGAGGACCUGACCCUACUCUCCUGCCCCUGGAUGGUUUAUUAUUAUUAUUUUGGGGUCUCUUUUGUAAAUUAAAUAUAAAACAAUUUCUUCUGUGCUUGGACUGUCUGCAACUAGGCCAGGACAUGUGAAAGAGAAUCCAGGGUCUCUCAGACUCUCUGCUGGGGACUUCUUAUCUGUCAAAUGCCAUCUGUGGGACCUGGAGGCCCAGAGCUGUCCAUUCCGCUGUUGCCUGAUGGGGCAGGGGCCAGUGGGACUAGAGGGACUCACAUUCCACCCCAACACCAAGGACCUUGCUUUCUCCAUAUUGAUUGGAAAGUGGUUGGGCCUAACCUUCUGUGAGGGACCGGGCUCAUUGUGUUUCUCCUACUUGCCCCUGGAUCCCCAGCUGGGCCAGUGCCAGUCACCUCGCCUUGCCCACCCAGGGAGAAAGGGGAAGUGGAUGUUUGAUCUUCCCAGGCUGGGCAAGUAGCCAGACCACCCCUCCCUGCUGUUCCCACAGGCAAGGGCGUCUCCUCCACUCCCUGCUCCCAAGGGCAGUAGACUCCAGCCACACAGCCCUCUCUCCAGCUGGGUCGCAGUCCUCCACUGGGGUUUGGGAUCUGAACGCCAAGGUCUCAUCCCUGUCCCACUGCAAAGAUGCAUGAUGGGGCGAGAGGGAGGUGUCUUGAGCCUGGGAGCAGAGACAACCUCAAAGAUCACUUCUGUCCCGGCCGUGGGAAGUAUAGCCUGUCCUCAGCUGUCCCAAGGGAGACAAGUAGCAGCUGGAGCAGUUGGACUGGCUCUGGACUGCUUUACUACCCUGCUUCUGAAGGAAGUUACCUGGUGUGUCUCUGCCCUUCUCCUCAGCCAUCAAACCCACAUCUGAAGGUCCCCUUGUCCAUAUCGGCGAUGACACAGCCCCUGUCCUCAGCAAACACUGGCUGUGGAGAGAAACAGCCAAGUGGUGAAGAGGGGGCGCGGGCAGCCCAGCCACAAGGGAGAUAUCCGUGAGGUAGUCCUUCCUACACUGAGUUGAAAAGGGAAGAGGAAGCUUGAUGCGAGAGACAAAGCAUGGGCAAAAUCUGGAGGAAGUCAGAACACAACUGGGACUCACAGUUUGAGGCUAGGGGCUACAGCAGGCAGGGCAGGAGGGGCAGCCCAAGAGCAGCACUAAGCCUGACUUUGCCUGACGGUGGUGACUCCCUUACCCAUUCAGUAAAUAAUGCAUACAUGUGCCGGUGCUGGGCUGGGAUGCAUGUGUGAGGCACACCACAAAGAGCCCUGUCUCCAUGGGGAUGCACACUAGAUGCGAAGGCUGAGUCAGAAGUGGUCAUGGGAGCAGAGCCUGGAGAAGCAAGCCCCACCAAAUUGAUGUCAACUCAGGUUGUAAAGUGAUCCCUUAUCCCUCUGGCUGGUGAUGGCAAAGAAUGAGGGAAAGGGGUUGGGUGGUAGUUCAGGGAAGGCAAUGUCAGUUCACAUGGCGGAGGAGGACGCUGGGGCGGAAGGGUGCCCGGAUGUUCAUGGCUAUGGUGGGGAGUGGCCUGCUAGACAGAAGAUGAAGGUAUUGUCAAUAAGGUCGUGAGAUAAUGGAGCCAAUAAAAAGAGGGCAAAGAAGGAGAAGCUGAAACUUGUUUCCCUUACACCUAUGACUUCCCAUACCCAGCUGGGACCCUCAAACACACCUGUGAGCUAUCCCACACGCAUCUGUAACACCCACAUCUGUGAUCUCUCCCACCGAGCUUGGACCCCUACACGUACAUGUGCAAAGCUGUGAUUUCCUUCACAUGUUGACCUUAUACAACUGCUACCUUCCCCAAACAGCUGUGGCCUGUACCUACCCAGCUGUGACACCUCCGUGCAAACCUGUGAUCACUUCACAUCACUUUCCAGGAGGACCUGGAAAGACAGCCUUGUGGAAAGUGCAACUCAGGGACAGCCGGAUCUGUGGGUGGGCAGGUGGGGGUAAUGGGGAGUGAGGUGGCCUAGGCAGGGUAUGAGAGCAGAGAGGGCAGGCAGGGCUGGACCACAAAGCUGGAGUGACCCCAGACACACACAGAACUUGGGCCCAUCUGGCCAGACCAACUCAGCAAGGGCAGGUCUAUUGGCAGGGCCCUGGGGUCAGGGAGGGCUUUGGGUGUUCCUUCCUGCCAUUCCACCAUUAGAACUUCUCCCCAAACUGAGGCCAGCUGGAGGAUGCUGGCCUGAUGGUUGGCUGGAUUGUGCCAAUUGCAGCCUAGGUUUCUAGGGGCACCAGAAGGUAGUACAAAGCCUUAGGGAGAGGGAGUCAGGGCUGCCUUGAUGUUCUCCUGUCCCCUCAGCCCUGGGGAGUUGUGCCAGUCUCCCUGAGCCUGGUGGCCAUCACUCUGGGACCCUGCUUCCACCAGGACCAGCAGCCACCAUCUCUGUGAUUAGAUGCUGUGCUUGGGUCCUCGCUGAUGUACCCACAGCCCCCUGGCACCAUGGGCCCGCUGUCAGCUUCUCCAUCCUUGCCUGCAGGACCAGGUCCAGAUGAUAGCCAGUUGUGUCACUGCUUCAUUGACCACCAUGCCAGGCAGGGGAUCACCACCUCAGGCUCAGACUGGGCUGCAGACUCACUCAGGUAGCACUUUCACCUGGGCCAGGGACAUGAUGUUCCCUUCACCCCACCCUGACAGGCAAGCCUGGGCCUGGGGACCUAGCAGGUCUCAAUAAUCAGCUUCUGAAUCAGCAAACAAGUGAAAUCACAAAGGAAUGAACAAACAUGUGGUCACUGACACACCCGUGGUCAAACAUGGGAUCUCAUAGUCACAGGACAGCAGAGUCUUCAACACCCAAUCCAGUCACCGGGUCCCACACUUGCACAUACACCCUCUACUGGAGCUGGCACAGAGGCCUAGAUAGUAGCUGACCUGGGCUUCGCAAAGACACACUCACUGACCAGCCCUGACUUCACAGACACAGCGCCUUUCAGACUCAAGUCCCGAAAGCAGAAGUGACUUCCCCCCCUAGGCAUAGUCAGUAUAGGGUCUGAGGCCACAAUACUUCUAGGGACCCCCAAAAUCUUAAUUUUUUUAAUCAGAAGAAGAUAUAUAUUAAUAAUGAAUAUAUAAUGACUUAGGUUGGGAUUAUAUUUGUCUUUAUACCAACAUAGUUGUAAAAUGUAUUUUUUGACGUUUUGAGAAAGGGUCCCAAAAAAGCAAAAGUGCUUAAGGCCCACAAAUGUCACAGUGCAGCUGUGCAGGAAAGUACGCUCCCUUGGUAUAGGUACUGAGGCACCCAGACUCCAGUACCACAGACAGGCCUGCCAGCUGGGUCUGCCAACCAAACAGCAAACCCCUCCCCCGCACUGCCUCCACCCCCACCCCAACACAAAGCCGCAAAGCCCUGCCCUAGUGCUGACCCAGUGGGCGGGGCCGCUUCCGGCCCAGCCCCACCUCCUACCAAGGCACUUUGUUAGGGGUGCUGAGGUGGCUCAGCUGCCUGGCCCAGCCCUCCAACCCCGGGCCUGCCCCUCAGCCCGCCCCCAGACUGGGUGGGGUGACCCCCUACAAAAGCUCAGAGUUUCCAGCAGCAGCAGCUUCCUCCAAGAGUCUGGUGCAGCUGGGGGCAGAGUUGAGGAACAGAAUCUUGCUGAGCCCUGCCUAGGCCCUCAGCCUGGGGUCAGGAAGUCUGGAGGAUGAGGCCCUUCAGCCCUGAGGUUUCACUAGAACCACCCUGUGCCAUGGCAGUCCACCUGCUUCCCAUCUACGCCCUCUUCCUGACCUUGCUGGACAAAACCCAAGGCUCCAGGAGCCCCAUGGUACCCAACCAGCCCUUCACCACCAUCUGGAAUGCAAACACCCAGUGGUGCCUGGAGAAAUACGGUGUGGACGUGGACGUCAGUGUCUUUGAUGUGGUGGCCAACCCGGGGCAGACCUUCCGCGGCCCUGACAUGACCAUUUUCUACAGCUACCAGCUGGGCACCUACCCCUACUACACGUCUGCCGGGGAGCCUGUGUUUGGUGGGCUGCCCCAGAAUGCCAGCCUGGAUACCCACCUGGCCCACUCAUUCCACGACAUCCUGGCUGCCAUCCCUGCGUCUGACUUCUCAGGGCUGGCAGUCAUCGAUUGGGAGGCAUGGCGCCCACGCUGGGCCUUCAACUGGGACGCCAAAGACAUUUAUCGGCAGCGCUCACGGUCACUGGUGCAGGCGCAGCAUCCUGACUGGCCAGCGCCUUGGGUGGAGGCCGCAGCUCGGGACCAGUUCCAGGAGGCUGCACAGGCCUGGAUGGCAGGCACCCUCAAGCUGGGGCAAGCACUGAGGCCUCGUGGCCUCUGGGGCUUCUAUGGCUUCCCUGACUGCUAUAACUAUGACUUUCUAAGCCCCAACUAUACAGGCCAGUGCCCCCCGGGUAUCUGUGCCCAGAAUGACCAGCUGGGGUGGCUGUGGGGUCAGAGCCGUGCCCUCUACCCCAGCAUCUACAUGCCUACAGAGCUAGAGGGCACAGGGAAGGGACAGGUGUAUGUGCGGCACCGUGUAGGUGAGGCAUUCCGUGUGGCUGUGGGUGCUGGGGACCCUGAUCUGCCAGUGCUGCCCUAUGCCCAGAUCUUCUACGACGGGACGAACCGCUCUCUGCCCUUGGAUGAGCUGGAGCACAGCCUGGGGGAAAGUGCAGCCCAGGGGGCAGCAGGAGUGGUACUCUGGGUGAGCUGGGAGAACACAAGAACUAAGGAAUCAUGCCAGGCCAUCAAGGAGUAUGUGGACACCACACUGGGGCCCUUUGUCCUCAACGUGACCAGCGGGGCUCUCCUGUGCAGUCAAGCCCUAUGCUCAGGCCAUGGUCGCUGUGCCAGGCGCCCCAGCCACCCUGAGGCCCUCCUCAUCCUCAACCCCACCAGUUUCUCCAUCCAGCCCACACCUGGUGGCGGGCCCCUGACCCUACAAGGUGCCCUCUCACUUGAGGAUCGGAUGCAGAUGGCUGUGGAGUUCAAAUGUCGCUGCUACCGUGGCUGGAAGGGAGCAUGGUGUGAGAAGCAAGGCACGUGGUAAUUGGCCACGAACUAGGAUACACGCAUUGAACAUUUUGUUGACAUUAAAAAUAAAAGUUAUUUUACCAGCAAAAA